AUGGCUUCAAAGCAGAAUUUGAGAGUUUUGGUGCCCGUUAAGAGGGUAUUAGACUACCAGCUUAAACCUAAGAUAAAUGCAACAAGGAAAGGAAUCGAAGCGACUGGCUAUAAAUUUAGUAUUAACCCUUUCGAUGACAUUGCAAUCGAACAAGCAUUGAAUAUCCCAAAUGCUGUCACUCAUGCCGUAUCAAUAGGAUCUACUAAGAAUGAAGAUAUACUAAAGAAUUGUUUAGCAAAAGGUAUUAAUAACGUCACGUUGAUCGAAAAUAAUUCAAAUAUUGAAACUAAUCUAUUGGAUCCAUUAACCAUUGCUAAAAUCUUGAAGAAGUUCGUUCUUAAAAAUGAAUUCGAUCUGAUUCUACUGGGCAAGCAAUCAAUUGAUAAUGAUUAUAAUAAUACGGGACAAAUGUUGGCUGGCCUCUUGGAUUGGCCACAAGUAACAAACGCUUCAAAAGUAGAAUUUUUAAGUGAUGAAGUUAAAGUCAGUAGAGAAAUUGACGGCGGAACACAGACGUUGAUAUCAAGAUUCCCACUAGUCAUUACUUGUGAUCUCAGACUAAACACUCCUAGAUAUGUAGGGCUCUCUAAACUAAUGAAGGUAAAAAGACAAAAGAUUCCAAAGUUGACCCUAACAGAAAAUUUCAAUGACAUCGAUUUGAAUCCCACCAUUGAGCUACUAGAACUUAAUGAACCAAAGCCAAAGAAGAAGGGUAUUAAAGUACCUAAUGUCGACGCCUUACUUGAAAACUUGAAAAGAGAAAAAAUUCUUUAA